AAACUUCUGCAGGAGACAGAGGCUCAACCAAAAGCAUAAACUGGUCUAAUGAACAGUUGAUGUCUAGUCCCACUGGUUAAAUCACUCUCAGCUCUCUUAUCACUUGGUUAUGUGCAGAUUUUCCUAGAAUUCCACAUUAUAUUAUUCAUCAUUUUAUUUUUUUAAUUAUUAUUUGAAGUUUUAUAUUAAUUUUUUAAAUUUUUUUAUAAGAAUGAAAAAGAUGUUUACAGAAGCUUAUUAUUUAACUAAAGAUUCUAACUCUAUUAUUAUGUUAUUGCUUUUCUCUACGUAUCGAAAAGAUUGAUCCAUAAUUAACCAUUUACAUACAAUUUCGCAAGUCCAAUUCCAGUUGGAAAUCCAUACCUCCAAUAUUUUUAGAAUUCUCCAUUGCAGCAUCAUUUACAACCACACAUAAUUCACCAUAAUAAUUCAACUUAUUGCCUUUUUCAUUUAUAACAAAUAUAUGUAACAACGUAAAAGCAAAUGUUGCCCCAUCUAUGUAAACUUCCUUAUACUCUAAAAAGAAGUUUUCCAGAUAAAGACAUCGUCCAGAUAACGAGGAGUUCUAUUUAUUUAUUUACUUUAGAUGCCAAUAGUCUUGCUAACACCAAGAGUAUCGAUAAAGUAAUUGAAGUAUUCACCGUGGACAAAUAAAUCCCAUCAUGAUUUGGAAAAAAAUUCGGCAUGUAAUAAGUUUUGGAAAUUUUUUCCCCUUGCUUUGGCAAGAAGCCCAUAAAUGACAGAAUGUAUCACAAGUGUACACGUGCCAACAUCUCACAGAGCUUCAUUAUCAGGAAUCCAUGGGAUUGCAGUUUUUACAGCACCAAGGCCUACAAAUACAAUAAUAAACGUAAAACUUAGUUGAAUUGCAUCUCGCAAAGCUUUCUUCUAAGCACUAUUUAGCAAUGUUGUUAUGUAUUGGUUAUCUACUUGAUGUAUUAUAUAUGGUAGACGGUAAAUAAACAAAUAGAAGAUCAGUUGGCAUCCUAAUAGAUAGAGGAGACAUGAAUUACUCAUGGGUCGUAACUAUGUUCAAUGUGUUGAAUAACUCCUUGCAAAAUAUGUUCUCCUAAUGCAGGUAGCAAUGCCCCUGCGAAACCUUGGGAACGAGCAGGGACCUCAUCUUCAGGUCCCACACCUUUUAAACCCUCAUCACCUGGCAGCACCAGUGAUGUAGUUGAGGCAUCUGGAACAGCAAAACCUGGCGAAAUUGUUCCAGCUGUCAAUAAGAAUACAACUGUGGCUGGAAAUUCUCUUGGUAGGCCUGUACCGACUAGGCCGUGGGAACUGCAAACAUAUGGGAGCACAUAUGGAGGCUAUGGCUCUGGUCUAAAUUAUAAUUCUGGAUACGGCUCUGGAAUGUAUGGUUCUUCGUAUGGUGGAUAUGGAGGGUCUUAUGGUGGUGGAUUGUACGGAAAUAACAUGUAUAGAGGAGGUUAUGGUGGUCUAUAUGGAGGCGGUAUGUAUGGUGGUGGUGGAGGAAUGUAUAAUGGUGGUUUUGGUGGUCCAAUGGGUGGUUAUGGAACGGGCAUGGGCCCUUAUGGUGAUCAAGAUCCAAAUAACCCCUAUGGUGCUCCAUCAUCUCCUCCUGGCUUUUGGAUUUCUUUCCUCCGGGUGAUGCAAGGUGUAGUGAACUUUUUUGGCAGGAUAUCAAUUCUGAUAGACCAGAACACCCAGGCAUUUCACAUGUUCAUGACUGCACUGCUUCAGCUUUUUGAUCGCACGGGCUUAUUGUAUGGAGAGUUGGCGAGAUUUGUUUUGCGAUUGUUGGGAAUCAAAACAAAACCCAGAAAGGUUGAAGGACCAGGGCCUAAUGGACUUCCUGCUCCUCUCAAUCCCCACGGUAAUCAAAACUACAUUGAGGGUCCAAAGGGCGCUCCAAGUGGUGGAUGGGAUAAUGUUUGGGGAGACGGUUCUAGUUAAGCCCACAAUUUCAACUUGAUAAAAUGAUAAAACGAGACUAGAAUUACAAGCUGUGUGGUAUGCAAGGAGAUCCUAUGGAUGCAAAGCUUCUUGGUUGGUUCGCUAAAUUACCUCUGCUGUUUGCUUGAAAUAAAAAUCUCUUCCUCCUGAUUUUGUAACCGAGUUACAGCGACCAUGGAUGUGUGCAAGGAGGAGAGGUGUUUGAUGAUUGAGAAUAUAUGUAGCGUUGUAUACUUGAAUAAAUGAUCAUUAUCUGUAGACUGUAGUUGUGUGCCUUUAAAAGUAAAUCAUAUGUUCAAUGCAAGUUAUAAACUUGUAGAUGCAGAAUGGUUUGAGAA